CAAAAAGUUUAAUAACUAUCUACAGGGACGGAAGUUUACAUUGGUUACGGAUCAUCAACCACUCACUUCCAUCUUCCAUCCUGCUAAGAGUGUUCCCACGACAACAGCAUCACGUAUGGUGCGAUACGCUCUUUUUCUUGCUAGUCACGACUACGAAAUAGAAUACAAGAACACCACUAAGCACUGUAAUGCGGAUGGACUUUCGCGACUGCCAGUACCUGAGGUUCGGACUGAAGACAUUGACCCGGAUGAUCUUCUCCACAUGUCUCAGCUGGAGAAAAUGCCAGUCACUAGUGCUCAAGUACGCAAAGAAACGGCUCGCGAUAUUGUGCUCUCCCAAGCUUGUGAAUUCACCAUGAAAGGAUGGCCGAACACAUAUGACGCUGAACUUAAACCCUUUAACGUACGCAGGAAUGAACUUUCACUGCACGAUGGAUGUCUUAUGUGGGGAUUACGUGUGAUAAUUCCACUAAAACUACGUGAGACCAUUCUCGCCGAGUUGCAUCAGGGUCACUUGGGAGUUGUCAAAAUGAAAAAUCUCGCUCGUGGAUAUGUGUGGUGGCCUGGACUCGAUAACGACAUUGAACUACUUGCGAAAGGUUGUGCUGGAUGCCAAAAAGUACAGCACAAUCCCAAGUCAGCACCACUCCACACAUGGGAGUGGCCCACAACACCAUGGCAGCGUAUUCAUAUUGACUAUGCCGGCCCAUUUUUUGGCCAAAUGUUUCUUGUAGUUGUGGACGCCCACUCCAAGUGGCCUGAGGUUGUGAGUACGAAAUCUGCAGACUCUACGCGCACAAUUGAAAUUCUACGCAGCAUUUUUGCACGGAAUGGAGUGCCAGAGCAGUUAGUCAGCGAUAACGGCCCACAGUUUACAUCGGACGAGUUUCAAACAUUUCUGAAGCGUAACGGGAUAAAGCAUAUUACAUCUGCCCCGUACACCCUUCUACGAAUGGGCUCGCUGAACGAUUCGUUCAAACCUUCAAACAAGCGCUGAAAUCAAUGAGUGGGGAGAAGGGUUCCACAGCAGCCAAAUUGGCUAACUUUCUUUUUGCAUACAGGAGUGCCCCACACAGCACGACCGGACAAUCUCCAGCAAUGUUGUUCUUGGGGAGAAACCUUCGUUCACGAUUGGAUAUUCUAAAGCCUAAUGUCCGUCGCCAUGUCAACAACAAGCAAAUGGAUCAGACUGCGUCACACACAUCUGCCAAUAUAACGCGUGAGUUUCACAUUGGUCAAACUGUUUCUGUUCGCGACUACAGAGGCAAUCAAAAAUGGAUACCUGGUGUGGUACAUGCUCGCACUGGACCUGUGUCCUAUGAAGUUUGUGUCGGUCCAAACAUGAUCUGGCGCCGCCAUAUUGACCAACUUCUCGACUCGCACAUUGGGAAACCCCCUAAUCUCAAUGUACCUGUACCCUAUGAUGUCAUACCACAGAUCGUACCAUCGGAAAUGGACAAUCCUACACCAACACCAGUUGAACCAGACCUUACUGAACCUAGUGAAACGUCAUCACCUACUAAACCUUCCAUGUCGGGUAGUCCUCAUGUUGUUGAACGUCGCUACCCCGCACGCGAACAUAAACCUCCUGAUAAACUCAAUUUAUAACUGACUGCACAUAAAAACCAAACAAAAGAAGACGUUUAAAGUCAAAGUUAAGGUGUUUUAUUCAACAAACAAAAAUGUUGCCAUGGAUUACUUUGAUAUUUAAUGGACUUUACUCAUUUCUGGAUGUUCACUCAAACAAGUUGUUUGGAACUGUUGUUUACCUACAUUUAAUGGAUCACUGUUUAUUAUUUGUUUUACCGGACUUGUUGAACAUUGAAAGCAACUUCAUAUUUAGUGGGGAGGAAUUGUGAUAUAUUUGCUUUGGCCCACUUGGUUACACCCAGCUCAUAAAUAUUAAGUACUGUCUACUUUGCAUACAGCUCAUGUCAAAGGUCACACCAUGACCUGCAUUCCCAGGUAUAGUUAAUAAAACGUUUUUCCAGUAUGGCA